GUGGAGGAGCUAGGUUUCAGCAUGAAUCCAAUAUAGUUUUGGAGGACCUUCCUAAGAUUUACCUUGCAAUGCUCAUCAUCAUCAACAACUAAGAAACAAGCAAUGAAUAAUUGAAUAUGCUUAUAUAUACAAAUAGACAAUUAUGGGUUGAAACGGCUCUGCAUCUCAGAAAUUCCAUAUUCCUCUGCUGCACCUGAAGGAUGACAAAUUAGAGGUGACAAAAUCAAUCACUUUCUCUUGUCCAUUCUGUCUAAAUACUUCCAAGACAAAAGCUUCAAUUCAAUUGACUUGGUCUGUAUAAAACCCCACAUGACAUACACUCUAGAGCUUUGCACUUAGCCUGGGAACAUUAGAACCUUUCUUUGGCUGCUCUUAGAGGCCUUUGGCCUAACCAAGAUCACCGGCUGUAAAUUUUUUGAAGUUGUAGGUGUUCUUGAUCAGUUGUCUAAGGUUCACCUUAUGGAGUCAGGUUCACCAUAUCAGUGGAUGAGGGAGCUGAGAUAUGACUCCCAAGGAUUAAAAAACCCAAUAAGCCUUCUUAUUGAGUGCGCUAAAUGCGUCGCAUCUGGAAGCAUCAAGAAUGCAGAUAUAGGACUUGAGCUCAUUUCUCAGAUUUCAUCUCCUGAUGGUGAUGCAGUGCAAAGGAUGGUCACUUAUUUCAGUGAAGCACUUGGUUACAGGAUAGUCAAACAUUUACCUGGUGUAUACAAAGCUCUCAAUUCCUCGAAAACAUCAUCGUCUUCAGAAGACUUCCUUGUUCAGAAAUACUUCUAUGAACUUUGCCCCUUCCUGAAGUUUUCAUACCUGAUCACAAACCAAGCAAUUGUAGAAGCUAUGGAAAGUGAAAACUGGGUUCACAUCAUUGAUCUUCAUUGUUCUGAACCAGCUCAGUGGGUGAAUCUUCUACUAACAUUAAAAAACCGCCAUGGAGGCCCGCCCCAUCUAAAAAUCACAGGUAUUCAUGAAAAGAAAGAGGUAUUAGACCAAAUGAGUCUUCACUUGACAGCUGAAGCUGGGAAUUUGGAUUUCCCUUUACAGUUUAAUCCAAUUGUUAGCAAACUGGAAGAUGUUGACUUUGAAAACUUGCCUGUGAAGACAGGUGAAGCUCUUGCAAUCACUUCAGUUCUUCAGCUUCAUUCUCUUCUUGCCACGGACGAUGACAUGAGUGGGAAGUUCUCGCCAGCCGGAGCGGCAUCUAUGAACCUGCAGAGAGCAGUGCACAUGGGCCAGAGGACUUUUGCUGAGUGGCUUGAGAGAGACAUGAUCAAUGCAUAUAUUUUAAGUCCUGAUUCUGCUUUGUCUCCUCUUUCUUUCGGUGCCUCGCCUAAGAUGGGGGUCUUUCUCAAUGCGAUGCGGAAGCUCCAGCCGAAACUGAUGGUGAUCACUGAGCAAGAAUCGAAUCUAAAUGGUUCCAAUUUGAUGGAGCGGAUUGAUAGAUCAUUGUAUUUUUACAGUGCACUUUUUGACUGCUUGGAUUCUACUGUGAUGAGAACUUCAGUGGAGAGGCAAAAACUUGAGAGCAUGCUUCUGGGGGAGCAGAUCAAGAACAUCAUUGCUUGUGAGGGAGUUGAUAGAAAGGAGAGGCAUGAAAAACUCGAGAAAUGGAUUCGGAGGCUCGAAUUGGCGGGGUUUGUGAAGGUUCCUUUGAGCUACAAUGGUAGGAUUGAAGCUAAGAGUCUGUUGCAGAGAUAUGGUCAUAAGUACAAGUUUAGAGAAGAGAAUGAUGGUUUGCUUAUCUGCUGGAGUGAUAGGCCACUGUUUUCUGUAUCAGCAUGGAGUUUCAGGAAAUGAAUGUUACUAACUUCAGAUAUAUAUGAUGAAGGUCUGCUUGUGUAUUUUCGUUAAUAAGCAAAGGAUUUCAAGAGAAAUAAAUGAAUAAUCAAGAGAAGGAGAUAGAUGGGUUUAUACUUUCAUAAUUAUUUUCUUUUCUAGCUUUAAAUUGUUUAUAUGUAUAGAUUUUAUGAUUUUUUUUCUCUAGAGCUGCUGAAGGUUUUAAAGAUGUCAAAACACAUCCAUCUUGUAUAUGUGAGUUAGUUAGACUUUCUAGAGUUAGUUAUUCAGUUUCUGUAACUAACACUGAAGGAAGUAACUAUAUCUCAGCAUGUAUGGAGAUUCUUGUACCAUUCAUUGAUCAAUGAUGAGAAUGUUAAUUAUUCCUCAUUA